AUGGCAAAUUCCGAAAAAGGCGUGUCGCCGAAUGAUGAAGAGGUAAACAGUGCCAGUGCUGGCUCUCUCAACUCGCCAGUUCUUGGACAACCACGAAAAGUCAAAUGGUACCGAUCAACAUUCUUCAACGCCCUAGUCCUCGGACUAUGCAACUUUCUCGCGCCAGGCAUCUGGGGCGCUAUGAACUCCCUAGGCGGAGGAGGCGAAGAAAAACCCUACCUCGUGAACGCAGCGAACGCCCUCACAUUCGGUCUAAUGGUAGUAUCCUGCUUUUUCGGCAGUGUCAUUGUGCGCUUUAUCGGAAUCAAAUGGACACUCAUCGUCGGAACAAUGGGGUACGCACCUUACGCCGCAGGACUAUACACGAACAAUCGAUUCGGAGACGAGUGGCUGGUUAUCCUGGGCGCAGCACUGUGUGGCAUAUCCGCUGGAAUCUUUUGGAUGGCCGAGGCGGCUAUUGCGCUUUCUUAUCCAGAGCCAUACAACCAAGGCCGAUUCUUAGGAUUCUGGCUCAGUUUCCGCGUUGGAGGACAGAUUCUUGGUGGUAUUAUCAACCUGGGUAUCAAUGCGAAUCGGUCUACGUCAGGAUCUGUCUCGUAUACUGUCUAUCUUAUCUUCAUUGCGUUGCAGGCUCUUGGUCCUUUUGCGGGUCUGCUUUUGAGCACGCCGACGAAAGUCCAGCGCAAGGAUGGUAUCCAAGUCCAGCUUCAGGUGACCAACAGCAUUGGAUUCGAGCUGAAGAGCAUGGUGAAGCUUUUUAUCAACCAGAAGUUCUCGUUCAUUAUUCCUCUUAUCUGUCAGGCCGUCUAUAGUGAGGCUGUCAUGUUCUCGUAUGAGGGCUUGUGGUUCUCCGUGCGAGCUAGAGCUCUGGGCUCAUUCCUGUCUGGUGUUAUCGCAUUGAUCAUUGGAAAUCUGCUAGGUGCAUUCCUUGACACGAAGAGGAUCUCUUUGAAGGCCAGAACUCGGUAUGCGUUUUUCUUCGUUGUCGCCUGGCAGGGUAUGUGCUGGAUCUGGGCAUCGGUGGUGACGACAGAGUUCAACAAAACGAACCCGAUAUACGACUGGACUGAUCCUGGUUUCGGAAGGGCCUUUGUGCUUUUCUUAUUCUGGGUUGCUGGUUUCCAACUCAACUAUAUGUAUCUAUUCUUCUUGGUUGGAAACCUCGCGGAUGAUCAGGAAGAGGUUGUCCGGAUUGCGGGCUUGUUGCGUGGGACUGAGUCAGCUGCUCAGUGUGUCAGCUACGGUCUGAGCAGUGUGAACAUUAUGGCUGCUGUGGGAAGUGUGUACCUCAACUUUGGGUUGUGGGCAAUUGCAAUCCUCCCAGCCUGGCUCAUUGUGAAGCAGGUCGGAGUUGCAUUCGGUGAUAAAAAGAUUGAUAGGGAGACCCGUGCCUUGCGCGAGGCCUCAGACAAUGAAUGA